AGAACAUUCAGGUCAUACCCUCCUCCCAUCAAGUUCAUGAGUGUGUAUUGCCACUUGAACGUACCGAAUCAUUGGCCAACAACAAAGAAAUGAGUAUCUUGUCAGCAAUGUCUGUGAAGCCAGGCGCCGAGGCACUCGCCAAGAAAACAGUUAAUGUUAAACCAUCAUUGAAUAAGCAGGGGGAGAGCAGUGGGACACAUCAGGGAUCCGUUAAAUAUUUGAAAAAGAAACAAACUCCAGAGAAAAUAGUGAACAAGAAUACUAAAGAAACAAGUCCAGUCAAAAAUAAAAUUAAGGCCGAAAAUUUAGUGACAAGUGCCAGAAAGAACAGCGUCAAUAACAAAAAGUGCCAUGAAACACUGCAGGCUGGUGGAUCCAAAAGGAUUAAGCAAGGUGGUAAACUAGAAAUGCAACAUUCACUGACUGCUGAUGUGGUGUCAAGG